ACACAAAGCUAUGGACGACACCUAACUCACUAUCCAACUUCUUGUAUGUUAUUACAGCGCGCUCUUCAAAGGAGGAAAAGGAUUCAUUAAUGGAAAUGAUUUUGUUCUUGUAUAUCCUAGUGUUCCCAUGCAUUCGGGCAGAUGCCAGGGUCCAUGACAGUGUUAUUCAACGAGAAUGUAAACACACUGAUUUAUGUCCAAGUUACAGAGAAAAUACUGCUGUUACAGGCCUUACAGACACAAAGUGCAAUUUGUUUUCGGGAAAGUGGGUUCAUGAUGUGUCCUAUCCACUUUAUGAUGCUGCAGAUUGUCCGUACAUUAAUAGCCAAAUAAACUGCAGACCUAAUGGGAGACCAGAUUCGGACUAUGAGAAGUGGAAAUGGCAGCCAGAUGGUUGUACCAUUCCAAGGUUCAAUAGUAAUGAUAUGCUAGAGAUGCUCAGAGGAAAGAGAUUGUUGUUUGUUGGGGACUGCAUAAGCAGAGGACAGUUUGAGUCCAUGGUCUGUCUUCUUCAGGCGGUGAUUCCAAGCAAUAAGAAAGUUUUAGUUAAUGGGACUUCUCUUAUAACAUUCAAAGCCCUGGAUUACAAUGCUUCUGUUGAAUUCUUUUGGGCUCCAUUUUUAGUUCAGCUCGAGACCAAUAAACAGGGGAAAACGAUUCUUGACUUAGAUUCUAUAGAAAAGAAUGGAAUUUAUUGGAAGGGGGCUGAUAUCAUGGUUUUUGAGUCAUCUCACUGGUGGGAUCAUACUGGUGGCAUGGAUGGACAAACAUGGGACAUGAUCAUAGAAGGCAAUAAGACGUUUUACAAUAUGGAUCAUAUGGUUGCUUACAGGAAGGCGCUUACUUCUUGGAAAAAGUGGGCAAAUUCACAUAUAGAUUUUAAAAAAACAAUGCUUUUUUUCAGAACCAUGACACCUCGCCAUUCAAGCUGCUUGAAUGUGAGGGAGCCUGAGAAGAACACAUCUGCCGACAAUCCUCCAUUGCCUCCUCAGGUACCAAUACUGAAAAAGGUUCUGAGACGCACAAAUUUUCCUGUUGUUUUGCUGGACGUCACAGGUAUGACCCAGCUACGCAAGGAUGCACAUCCUUCAAAGUAUGAUUCCCCUCACCCAAGCGGUAAUGGAGACUGUAGUCAUUGGUGUUUACCAGGGGUUGCUGAUAUAUGGAACGAGCUUUUGUAUUCCUUUGUGGGAUAGGGAAAGUCCUAAGGCUGGACUUUCGUGGGAAAGGAUGAAGUUUAUUGUAGUUUGGUCAAUCUGAUUGCUAUUCAGUUGGCAAAAUAUAAAUUAUUCUAACAAGUAGAGUUAACUGAAAAUAUAAAUUAUUAAAACGAGUAGAGCUUGUUAAUAUCUUAUGUAAUAGGUAGUACAAUUUUAUAUUUAGGAGUUGUAAAAAUGAUGUACUCGUUAAAAGUAUCGAUCUCAUUAUGACAUAGAACAAAUU